GACAGAUCGAAUGGGACGUGCCACAACACCUGGUGAUGGUCAAGAGGCUGCCGAACGUUCUCUCAGCCUCCGACAACGCCACCGUCACCUCCACCAUCACCCUCGUCUACAACGUAACCCAGGAGACCCUGGUCGCUGCCUCGUCACCUCCCACAGCGUAUAUGAGGCGGCCGUCCGUCGUCCCACGCCGGCCGCUCUCCUGCCUAGCUCAGAACGAUAGAUUCCUCAGCGUGGAGGAAACAGACAUUAGAAUAGAAUCAGACGUACAGGCCAAGCCAAGGAUCUGCUGGACGGAAUUUAAGCGAGAUUCCACUAGAGAAAGGUUCUACUUCAAGGCGCAGGCGGCGCCAAACUUCACCCUGGGCUGGUGGUUCAGCCCGUGUCCGAGCUUCAGCGGCGGUGACUUCGACGGGAAGCAGCUCAGUUACUACGUUGAUACCAUGGCUCAGAGGUCCUCGUACAUAGAAGGGUACCUGAUCUUCCCGGACACCACCGGAGGAGCCAAACGAGGGGACUACGAACUCAAAGUUACCAACCAGUUCGGCGCAGCCAGCCAGUCCGUGCAUUUCUCCCGGCGCCGACUCAACACCCAACCCUGCAACACCUCCAUCGGGUUCGAAAUCUUCCCCGAUGAGCGGUGGUUCCCUCAGACACCAGCGGCCUCCUCUCCGUCCCUUCUACCCCUCACGCCUUGCCUCCUACCCUCCACGACCACUGCACCAACUUCGACGACUACCACCACGACUGCUGCCAGCACCGCAACCUCUGCCAUCACCGUCGCACUGUCCGGGUCUUCCAUCGCGACAGCGAAUAUUACCUUAUCGCCUCCUGAACUGACUGUCGAGUCUUCGACUUCAGCUCUGCCUCCCUCAACUAAACUUUUUCCUCUGUCGAUAACGCUGACGAUCGGGGCGUGUGUGGUGGUCAUCGUCAUCGGAGCGAUUCUCCUGCUGCUUCGUAACCUGCGACGUGGACACACUCGCCCCCACCCGGACGCUGACCCGUGCCCCGACUCCCCCUUCCAGAUCACCUUCAUUGGGUGCCUGUGCAGAGACGAGGACUGCCAGAAGAAGAGUGACGGACUCCAGCUACAGGAGCUGAUGCCGCUUAGCGCUGACCGCCUCGUCGACAAUCCUGAGUACAUGGGAAAUGGCAAGAUUUCUCCGUCCAAACCGCAG